UGGCGAACCGGCCCGGCCGGGUCGGGCUCGGGUUCGGGCCAAAUUGAUUUUUUUUUCAUUUUUUGGGGUUCCACCCGGGUUGGGCUUGAUGGUUAGGAGGGGUUUGGGAGGGUGGGGGUGGGGGUUAGGAAAGAAAAAAAAACCAAACCAGAGGCCCGACCCGGACCCAGUGGCUACCCGGCCCGGCCGGACCCGGUGGCUACCCGGGCCGGUCCCGGGUGAACCGCCGGCCCGCCCGGGCCUAGGCCCAAUCCGGACCCGGCCCAACCCAAUCCACUCCUAACUCACAGUCUUAGGGCAGUGAGAUUUUGAGAAGGGAAAUUCUAUUCGGUGUCACGCAAUUUCUAUUCAGAGCCAUUAUAAUUAAUUUUAAUAAAUACAACAAUUUAAAAUAUCUAAUUUACAAUAUUAGAUAUUUUAAUGGAGGAAUUAAUAUUAAUAUAACUCUUAUAAGGAGUACAAUGAAUCAGCCAUAUUUGCCUUAUGCAAAACAUCAGUAAUGUACUUUCGUUGGCUCAAAAACAAACCUUCAGGGUGUGGCUGCACUUCAACUCCUAGAAAGUAAGAUAAAGGACCCAUAUCUUUCAGCGAGAACCGAUGUGCUAGCGAAGUAAUGAGCUGUUGAACAAGGUCUGAAUUGUCUCCGGUUACUAUAAUAUCAUCGACAUAGACUAAAAGAAAUAUCUCAUGAUGUAAAGUCUGGUGGAUGAAUAAAGAUGCAUCAGCAACAGAAGCAUGAAAUCCAAUGCUGAGAAGAUAAGAUUUUAGUUCUGUAUACCGUGCUCUCGGGGCUUGUUUUAAGCCAUAAAUAGCCUUUUUGAGCUUGCAGACAUAAUCAGGAAAUUGCUUAUUCACAAAACCAUGUGGCUGAACCAUGAAAACAUCUUCAUAUAAAGUAUCUUGCAAGAAGGCAUUAUUAACAUCUAAUUGUCUCAAGCUCCAACCACGACUUACUGCAAGUGCAAGUACAGUCCUGACCGUAACUGGUUUGACAACUGGGCUGAAAGUUUCUUCAUAAUUGUGUCCCGGUCUUUGAUGAAAACCCUUUGCCACUAGACGUGCUUUGAACUCGUCUAGAGAUCCAUCAGCAUGAUAUUUUAUCCUGUACACCCACUUGCAACCAAAAUCCAAGUAUUGUUAGAACAUAAAGCAUUAAACUCCACAAUCAUGGCAGACCUCCAGUCAGGGUCUUUUAGGGCUUGAGUGAUGGUUUUUGGUUCGGUUAGGGAACGGAUAUGAGCACUCAGGUUUAGCUUUUUAAUGGGUUUAUGGAUUUUGUUUUUGGACCUAGUGGUAACACCAAUUGGUGCAGCUGGUUGUAUGGGUUCAAUGAGGUGUGUAGUAGAGGUAGAGGAAUCAUAACCGGCAGUAGUGAUAUGGGUUUGAGGCAUGGAUGAGGGAUUAGGUAAUGGUGAAAAAUGAUAGGGAUCGUAAGAGAACACCAAUCAUUUGUGUCGUAGGCAGUAGGAUCUUUAGUGAUGGGUUUAUUUUUGUAGGGGUAUACAUGUUCAACAAAGCGGACAUGACGAGAAGUAUAUAAGCGGUUUGUGGUUGGAUCAAGGCACAUAUAUGCACUCUGAGUUGGUGAGAAUCCAACAAAAACACAUUCAGUAGACCGUUGGCUAAGUUUGUGAUCUGUGUAUGGGCGAAGCCAAGGGUAGCAAAGACAACCAAAGUUUUUGAGCUUUUGAUAGUCAGGAGGACGCUGAAAAGGGAUGGAAUAUGGAGAGGAGUAUGAUAGAGUGGGUGUAGGAAGUCUGUUUAUGAGAUAGGCAGACAUUGAAAACGCAAGAGGCCAGAAUUGUGUUGGCAUGCCUGCGUGAGAGAGAAGAGAGAGGCCAGUUUCUACAAUGUGUCUAUGACGCCUUUCAGAGUACCCAUUGUGUUUGGGAGUAUGUGGUGGGGUGGUCAGAUGAGUGAUGCCAGAUUGUGCUAUAAAAUUUUUAAGAGCAAGGUAUUCCCCCCAUUAUCAGAAUAAAGAACCUUGAUUCUCCGUUUGAAGUAGUUUUUCACCAAGCUUUUGAACUUAAGGAAAAUGUCAUGUGUUUCUCAUUUCUUUUUGAUAGGAUAGAGCCAUAUGUAUUUUGAGUAGUGAUCAACAAAAAGUAUAUAAUAGCGAUAGCCAGAAGUGGAAAUAAUAGGUGAAGACCACACAUCAGAAUAUAUAACUUCUAAAACAUUAGAAGAAUUUAUUGAAUCUAUCUUAAUAUAAUAGCAAAAGUUUUCUUGGAGAAGAAGUUCCCGCCAAAACCUUUCUUGGCAAAUCGGUAGAGCUUCGGUGCACUAGAAUACUAGAUCCAUAUAAGUUUCCAAUGGAAUAUUUUGGAUAGGCCGAUAGGUUUGCAAUGCACGUGAAAAUUUAAUGCUUUUAAUGCUUCGUAGUUUGUUGCUUCCAAGUAUGUGCUUACCAUCUUUUUAUAUUCCCUGCCAAUACACCGUCAUUUCUAUUGCGCUCAUUUUUCCAAUGUAAACCGAACAAGUCCAUAGAAAAUGUUCCGAUUAAAUCUUAAGUAAUUGUCCUAUAUAGGACUAAAAAAGAAGAGAAAUUCUCAAAUAAGACCAUGUAUGUUCUUUUCCCCAAAUAGGAUCGAUUUACUUCUAUUUUAAAACAUCCGUAUAUUUCAUUCCAUUAUUAACCUCUAUCCCUUUACGCACAUCUCCCCAACCGCUUCCCCUUCUCUCCUGCGCACAUCCCUCUCUCUCUCUCUUGGUUCCUUGCGCAUCAUCAUUGGCUUCAUCCAAGCCAUCGUCGCCGCCUCCGUCGACUUCGCCCUGUGCAAAAGAUCGACCGCUUUCCUCUCACGCCAUCGAUUUCGCCGCUGCCAUUAAGAUCUGAAACUCUUGUGUUAUGCCAUGGACGGUGUCGCCAGUGUGGGAAGCGGCGGCGAUCAGGGGGCGGCGAUGAGUGGAAAUGAUGGGCCGUCAAGGAUGUGGCAGCAGGCGGCGAGGGUGGCAACGGGCGGCACAUUCACCGGCGAGGGCGGCGACGAGCGACACAUUCACCGGCGAGGGCGGCGACAUACGGCGUCAUCUCCGGUGAGGGCGGAGGCAGGAUCCGGCGGCGGGCGGUUUGGCUCUGGCGGUGGCAGUGUCACUGCUAGGGUUUCAAUAGUUUUUAAUUUUACAUUUUUAAAAUUUAAAAUAUUAGAAGAGGGGUAUUUUAGUCUACUACUCUUAAAAUGGUCCUAUGAAACAUAUGGUUCGUUUAUAGUCCUAAAUGGGCAAUUAACUUUGCUAUUAGUCCUAUUUGAGGCAUUAACUCUUAAAUCUUCUGGCAUCUAUAAACCAUUUCAUAUUUCAUUUAAUUUUCACCGCCCCUUUGUUUUUUGGCAUAUCUAUUGUAUUUCAGAUUUCCAAGUUUAAUUGCCUUUUCAAAUUCCCAUUUGUGUAUGUGUAUAAAUAGCUCCCAUUUGCAGCACAAUCGUUGACACAGCCGAAUAGCAUACUCUUAUUCAUUCAUUCAUUGUUCAGGUUUUUGACAUUUCUAUUGAAUUUAUAUUCGACAAUAUUACUCAAGAGAAGUAAGUUGGGCCGAAAAGGUUUGUGCUACCUGUGUGUAGGGGACAAGAGUUAGUAGGGGAAAAGAGUUAACGCUCAUAUUAAAAAGAAUCAGAUACCCAAGUUUUAACACUUAUUCCAAUAAGGACAUCUUUAUAUUAAAAACUUUGUUGGGCAGGAAACUUACAUGCCACUUAGAACUACAAGUGAUGUUUUUAAGUGGGAUUUUUUCAACGGAAUAAAGGAUUUUGAAUUUGUUAGGCAGAUAUAGUCGGUGAAAAUGUUGGGUUUGAUAUUUACAUCAGAUUUUCAUGCCUUUAUUAUAUAAUAAUAUGCAUUUGGUAGUAUUACUUAUAGGUAAUUAUUUUAAAUUAAACUAUAGUAGUUAGAUGUCAUAGUUAAAACAUACUCCAUUCGUAUCAUAUUAGUUGCAACAUUGAAAUUUACACACUAUUCAAGUACUCUACUUUGACUACAUUUUAUUUAUUAUUG